UAUAUACACAUAUAUGCAAUCUACACAUGGCUAUAGUGGAAUUUCCAGUUAAUUGAGAUGCAUAUAGCAGAGUACAAGUUAUCCUCGAUCUUUGAACGUCGCAAUUUUGUCUCAUUGUUAAAGAAGAGAAAAUGUUUUCUGCUCGAAUUUUUAUAUUUUUUCUUGUUUUUGUUGCUUUGGUGCAAUGUCAAAGAACAACAACAACUACUGAAGAACCUUGGAUUUGGAGCGACAAACCAGAUAAUCAAAAUCCAUCAAUUGGAACUACACAAGCAACUAUAAGAAGGACAACACCUUUUCGAAGAGACCAACCUACUCCAAGGACUUGCCCAGGAUGUCCAAAAACACCCCAAUUUAAUCCUGUUUGUGCGAGUGACAUGGCUACAUAUGACAAUCCUAGUGCUGUUGAUUGUGCCAACACAUGUGGACCAAAAAUUGAAAUACUAUUCUACGCAGCUUGCCAACCAACAGCAUAAUAUUUUUUCAAAAAUCUCUAAAAUAAUUUAAUUUUAUUCUAAACGAAUAGAAAAUACAAAAAAAAUUGUAAUGUUGAUGACAAAUAAUAAUCCAAGGCAAAUUCAUUUUUCUUUAGUUAAGAAGAAAUUGUUUAUUCAAAUAAUAAUAAUAAUUAUUAUUAUUAUUAAAUAUAGUUGAUUUAAAAUAAAAUUUUCUUAAAUUUAUGUA